AUGCAGGAGACUUCGAUUCAACAAGCAACGGCGCAGUCGCGAACGAAUCAACAAACAUUAAAUGAAUAUAAUCCAUUUACUAACUCUUCAUCAGCGGCUCCAAUAGAUGUUACACCACAGCCAGCUGUUCUACCCUCGCCUCCAAUCGUACAGCCUUCAUACGCAUCUGUGGCGACGCCAACUGUGCCACCACCAACUGUACCACCACCACAACAACAGCAGCAAACAACAACGCGUGUAGAUCUUUCACAAUUAGAACGUCAACAGCAAGAGCUUGAACGUCGUGAACAAAAGAUAAUAGACAAAGAAAGAGAAUUGAAAACUGCAGUAUUGGGACCACGUACGAAUAACUUCCCUCCGCUGCCAAAUUUUUGUCCAUGCAAACCUUGUUUCUAUCAAAAUAUUGGCAUUGAAAUACCUAGUGAAUUUCAAAAAUGGGUUCGAUAUCUAUUUUAUUUAUGGUUAAUUUAUUCAAUCACGUUAGUAUUGAAUAUUAUUGGUGCAAUAGCCUAUUUUGUUGUAUUAAAAGAGGGAGGUGUGACAUUUGGUUUAUCCAUUCUUUAUUUUAUUUUACUUACACCAUGUUCUUAUGGACUUUUUCUUAUGAUAAGCUUAUUUUCGAGAGGUGGCCAUGCUAUUGGACCGGCUAUCGUUGUGAUGAUUGUGACAAUAUGUUUUGCAUUUAUUGCCAUUGCUGAUUUUAUAUUAUUAAUACAGGUUCAUCGUUUAUAUCGUCAAACUGGUGCAAGUUUAGAGCAAGCCCAACGAGAGUUACAAAAUGCAUUCGUUAAUAAUCCGACAGUACGUGGUGCCGCAGCCGAAGCUGCUCGUCAAGGUGUUGAUUCAGCUAUUAAUAAUGGUUUGAAUAGUCAACGAGCUGGUUAUUAG